UUCUCAACCGUUAAAAUGACGAAGCAUCAAAGCGUGAAAAUUAUAAACAAAAACGAAAAUCAGCAAAUAUCUACGUCCUCUGCCUACUUCUCUGAUUCUCUCAGUCCGUGUGGGGGAGAUGAGGUCGGUGUCCGCCCUUUCCUUUCCCUUUGCUGCUCCAAUAAAGAUUCCUCCUCGUCGGCACUUCCUGUCAUCUGCUGCUCUGCCUCGCCCUCGCUGCUUCCCUUCUUUCUUGUCCAGAGAAAAUGCAAAAACAGACAACGGAGAUGCUCUUAUUAUAUAAAGGGUUUGACCUACAGAGUGUACUGCAGUAGUCAAGUGAAACUAGAAAACGGGAUAGAUGAUGAAUCCUGUGAAUUGGUUAAUGGGGUGGAGCUUAUCUUAGGUGAGGGUGCAGACAGCGUCCGUGCUUAUCUUCUCAAGGCAGUGAAGAAUAAUAAUGGAAACGGCAUACUUCUCUUGUCCGAUGUUUAUGGUUUCGAGGACUCAUCUACGAGGGAUUUUGCAUACCGUGUUGCCUGCAAUGGUUACAAUGUUCUAGUGCCAGAUUUGUUUCGUGGGAAUCCGUGGGUAAAAGAUAAACCCCGGGAUGAAUAUGAAAAUUGGCUAUCGACACAGUCACCUGACAGGAUAUCCAAAGAUAUUUCUACAUCAACAAAAUGGAUGGCUGAUGAAUUUGUAGCUGCUGGAAUCACAACUAAGUUUGCUAUCAUUGGGUUUUGCUUUGGAGGUGCCCUACUGAUAAAAACGCUAGCUGACGACCAUGACAAAUAUUUUGGGCUUGGUGUUUGCUUCUAUGGGACUCGGAUGAAUCCAUCUCUAGCAUCUAAUAUUCAGGUUCCUGUCCUAUUUGUUUCUGGAAACGAGGACCCACUUUGCCCAGUCAAUACCUUAAUAGAUAUGGAGAAGUGCAUCAGUAAAGGUUCUAGGACAGUGAUUUUUGAGGGUCGAGGUCAUGGAUUCGCCCACCGGCCAAAAUCUCCAGAAGAAGAUUCAGAUGCAGAGACGGCAUUCGUGGUCAUGAGAAAUUGGCUGCAUGAAGGCUUAGUUGUAAAUGCUAAUUGAGUUCUUUUGUACGUUGUACUUUUCUCUCAUCUAUUUCUCAGUAACGUGUUUCUGAUGAUAAUGUCCGUGACUUUUUGUACUUGUCAUAUUCUUGCUUAAUGUUAAGAUAGCUCUAAAUCCUCUGAGCUUAUUAUUGUUGUA